GCUAAUUUGCGGCUCUAGCAUUGGAAACUUGGGCACCGCCUUCUCGUUUACAGUUCUCUAGCGCAGGUGAUGGUGACACGGCUGCUGUGCGCUGCGGUGUUCGCCGUUUUUCGAGAUGUGUUUGCAGAUUCAUCCCACGUUGAAACUGGAAGCCACUACACCCAGUACAUUCCCCAGAAGUACAGCGACUACGUCCCUGAGAUGGACGAAAGCGGAAUCAAGUAUCAGAAGUACAUGCAGGGACAGCCAGAUGCGAUGAAGUUUCAAGAAAAAGUCUUGCCAGAAGGCGACUACCAACAUUACAUUCCAUUGUCUCAAAAUGGCAAGGCUGACAACCAUGAUGCCCUGGAAGUGGUCCUUGCAGCUGCCAAAAGUGAGAAAAAGGAGGACAGGAAGGACAGAAAAACUAAAGAUACGGAUGACUCCGCAGAGCGUGCAAAUGGCGAGAUGGAUUUCGAGAAGUAUAUGCACGCACCCACCCCUGGGCCAGUGGUUGACAGGAAGUACAGAAAGUACAUUCCUGGCAAGUACAGCGACUACGUCCCUGAGAUGGACGAAAGCGGAAUCAAGUAUCAGAAGUACAUGCAGGGACAGCCAGAUGCGAUGAAGUUUCAAGAAAAAGUCUUGCCAGAAGGCGACUACCAACAUUACAUUCCAUUGUCUCAAAAUGGCAAGGCUGACAACCAUGAUGCCCUGGAAGUGGUCCUUGCAGCUGCCAAAAGUGAGAAAAAGGAGGACAGGAAGGACAGAAAAACUAAAGAUACGGAUGACUCCGCAGAGCGUGCAAAUGGCGAGAUGGAUUUCGAGAAGUAUAUGCACGCACCCACCCCUGGGCCAGUGGUUGACAGGAAGUACAGAAAGUACAUCCCUGGCAAGUACAGCGACUACGUCCCUGAGAUGGACGAAAGCGGAAUCAAGUAUCAGAAGUACAUGCAGGGACAGCCAGAUGCGAUGAAGUUUCAAGAAAAAGUCUUGCCAGAAGGCGACUACCAACAUUACAUUCCAUUGUCUCAAAAUGGUAAGGCUGACAAACAUGAUGCCCUGGAAGUGGUCCUUGCAGCUGCCAAAAGUGAGAAAAAGGAGGACAGGAAGGACAGAAAAACUAAAGAUACGGAUGACUCCGCAGAGCGUGCAAAUGGCGAGAUGGAUUUCGAGAAGUAUAUGCACGCACCCACCCCUGGGCCAGUGGUUGACAGGAAGUACAGAAAGUACAUCCCUGGCAAGUACAGCGACUACGUCCCUGAGAUGGACGAAAGCGGAAUCAAGUAUCAGAAGUACAUGCAGGGACAGCCAGAUGCGAUGAAGUUUCAAGAAAAAGUCUUGCCAGAAGGCGACUACCAACAUUACAUUCCAUUGUCUCAAAAUGACAAGGCUGACAAACCAUGAUGCCCUGGAAGUGGUCCUUGCAGCUGCCAAAAGUGAGAAAAAGGAGGACAGGAAGGACAGAAAAACUAAAGAUACGGAUGACUCCGCAGAGCGUGCAAAUGGCGAGAUGGAUUUCGAGAAGUAUAUGCACGCACCCACCCCUGGGCCAGUGGUUGACAGGAAGUACAGAAAGUACAUCCCUGGCAAGUACAGCGACUACGUCCCUGAGAUGGACGAAAGCGGAAUCAAGUAUCAGAAGUACAUGCAGGGACAGCCAGAUGCGAUGAAGUUUCAAGAAAAAGUCUUGCCAGAAGGCGACUACCAACAUUACAUUCCAUUGUCUCAAAAUGGCAAGGCUGACAACCAUGAUGCCCUGGAAGUGGUCCUUGCAGCUGCCAAAAGUGAGAAAAAGGAGGACAGGAAGGACAGAAAAACUAAAGAUACGGAUGACUCCGCAGAGCGUGCAAAUGGCGAGAUGGAUUUCGAGAAGUAUAUGCACGCACCCACCCCUGGGCCAGUGGUUGACAGGAAGUACAGAAAGUACAUCCCUGGCAAGUACAGCGACUACGUCCCUGAGAUGGACGAAAGCGGAAUCAAGUAUCAGAAGUACAUGCAGGGACAGCCAGAUGCGAUGAAGUUUCAAGAAAAAGUCUUGCCAGAAGGCAACUACCAACAUUACAUUCCAUUGUCUCAAAGUGACAAAGCUGACAAACCUGAUGCCCUGGAAGUGGUCCUUGCAGCUGCCAAAAGUGAGAAAAAGGAGGACAGGAAGGACAGAAAAACUAAAGAUACGGAUGACUCCGCAGAGCGUGCAAAUGGCGAGAUGGAUUUCGAGAAGUAUAUGCACGCACCCACCCCUGGUCCAGUGGUUGACAGGAAGUACGGGAAGUACAUCCCUGGCAAGUACAGCGACUACGUCCCUGAGAUGGACGAAAGCGGAAUCAAGUAUCAGAAGUACAUGCAGGGACAGCCAGAUGCGAUGAAGUUUCAAGAAAAAGUCUUGCCAGAAGGCGACUACCAACAUUACAUUCCAUUGUCUCAAAAUGGCAAGGCUGACAAACAUGAUGCCCUGGAAGUGGUCCUUGCAGCUGCCAAAAGUGAGAAAAAGGAGGACAGGAAGGACAGAAAAACUAAAGAUACGGAUGACUCCGCAGAGCGUGCAAAUGGCGAGAUGGAUUUCGAGAAGUAUAUGCGCGCACCCACCCCUGGGCCAGUGGUUGACAGGAAGUACGGGAAGUACAUCCCUGGCAAGUACAGCGACUACGUCCCCGAGAUGGACGAAAGCGGAAUCAAGUAUCAGAAGUACAUGCCAGAAAGUUCGGGUGACUCCAAUCGGGCCGGAUCUUUUUCAAGAUCUAAUGCUGCUCAUGAGGAGAUUCUGGCAGAGACUUGGAAUCCGAGUUGGAUGUUGGCAAUGUUCACAAUGGCUUCCGGAGCUGUGGUGCUUGCAAGCGUUUUUGCCAGGCGACCAUCCCCCACUCCUCUGGGUCUCCAGCAACCUUUGACAGCUGAUGACCAGCAAGUGUGAAGAUGUGUGCCGUAGAUUGCCGUAGUAAAUAGACAUUUAAAGUAAGGGUAAUUACAACCAGGACAGUGUAUAUAACUCAACGAAGCAAGAGUGGCAGGAGUCAAUCGCGAAGAGUGCAGUGCCAGGAAUAGACUUGACCUGUCACAGCUGCGGCGUCAGAUGAUGAAAUAGGUCAGAAGCUCCCAUUGACUCCUGCUGGCAACCACAAGGGUUGGCCUUUAAAUCUUGACUUGGAGCAAAAUGGAUCAAACAUUCCAAACUUUUGAAGCUUCAAGGCAACAGACUGUUUCGAUUGUUCCAAUAGACAAAAAAGGGGUACCUGGCAACGCGGCUGCAUUCAAAAACAUACAGGAUGAGUAUGAAUAUGAUGCUCCCCCCUUUGCGAUACAAAGUGUUC